AUGGGGCCUCCCGCUGGAGCCGUCGCCCGUGGUGUGUCCAAGUCACCGAAACAACCAGGCAAGACAUCACCACCAAAACAAGGCCGUACGUCCGCCACAGUCGAUGCCAAACGGGACGCGCCUGCAAAAUCAGAAGAGACUCCCAAUGCCGAAAUUGCCAAACCACUCGCUCCUCCCCCGCGUCCAAAUCCACAGCAAUCACAAGGGCAGCAGCCGCAACCGCAGCCGCAGUCGCAACCAUCACAAUCCUCCCAACAACGGCAGGGGACAAACAGCCCCGAUUACUUCGGCAACGCGCCGGCUCCCUCACUAAGCCUCGAACCCAACCCCUUUGAGCAGUCGUUCGGCGGCGCUCCUCCCGAGACACCUGGCGGCACUAAGCUGCCUUCCGUCGCCGCCCUGACGUCUCCUUCUUCCCUCCUUCCCGGCAACACGCCGUUCGCCUGGGGAGGAGGCUCACUACGGACUGGCCCCCUGAGUCCAGCCAUGUUGUCCGGCCCGGCCAACGACUACUUCAGCGACACGCACCAUAUCCGCGGCGGUUUCCCAACCCCGAACGAGUCGUCGCUGCGAACUGGUCUUACACCGGGGGGCAGCGGGUCCAUGUUCCCCGCCCCCAGCCCCAACUCCCAGGCUCUUUUCUCGCAGCUUGCUAAUGGCCCGACUGCGACCCCGAGCACCUUGGACUUCCAUCGUACCGCCUUAACCGCUGCUGCCAAUGCCAAGCGCGAGCAGAACGGCCAGGCUCAACCACAACCACAACAGCAAUCACAACAGCAACAACAGCAGCAACAGCAACAGCAACAACCGCAGCAGCAGCCACAGCCACAACCCAGUGUUCCGCCGGCGUCACAACCGCAGGAGAUGACGAACGGGGCCCAAGGUGGGAAACCCAAGGGAAAGGCACCCUCCGGGCCCUUCGAUCCGCACGAUAACGAUGCUGCGAAUGGAUUGUUCCUCUUGGCGCAAGGCCGUAACGGGGCCCAGCCGGCUGCUGCUCCUCCGCAGCAGUAUCCUCCAGUCCCCCCUGCUCAGGUGCAGGCGGGACACCCGACAACGACCGCGCCCCUUGUGCAGCCGAUGAUGGCCGCUCCUCCGACGAACAAUGUGACAUCCAUCACGAGCGCUGCUAGGCGGGGCGCUAGCGAGGUUAGCGGCGGGUCCGAUGAGAGCGACACUGGUGCACGCCCCAACACCCGCACUCGAGGGAAGCGGGGUGCUGGAGGCGCGGCUGCCGGCGCUCGCCGCAAGGCCGAGGACCUUCACCCCAAGGCACCGGCGAACAAGAAGUCGAAGACAAACGGCUCCAUCAGCAGCAUGGAGGACCACUCUGAUGAUGAUGACGAGCACCCCGACAAGAGCGGGAAGGAAGACAAUGGCGGGUCCAAGUCUAAGAUGACGGACGAAGAGAAGCGCAAGAACUUUUUGGAGCGUAACAGGGUCGCGGCGCUCAAGUGUCGACAGCGGAAGAAGCAAUGGCUCGCUAGUCUGCAGAGUAAAGUGGAGAUGUUUUCGACCGAGAACGAGUCGCUGAACGCGCAAGUCAACCAGCUCCGCGAAGAGGUGGUCAACCUCAAGACGUUGCUGCUCGCGCAUAAGGACUGCCCGAUUGCGCAACAACAGGGGCUCCACAGUGCGUUCAUGCAGCAGCAGCCCAUGGAAGCCUUCCAGCCGGCGAUGGGCUACGCCAUGCCGGCACCGAUGGCGGGUCAGGCCGUGAUGGCGGGCCAGGCCAUGAACCGGCGGUUCUCUUAG